CUGCACCGCACCCGCUGCUGGCAACGGCGUGUCUGGUGGGGGCGGUCGGGUGCUACGGAUUCAGCUUUGGCGGUUUCCAUGCGUAUGUGCAGGAUGUUGCCGCUGCCGACGCGGGGUGGCUCCUGGGCCUCACCAACACCGCCUCCAUCCUGGGCGGCAUCGCGGGCAACAUGGCAACCGGGGCGCUGUUGCAGUCCACCGGGGGGUACGGCGGUGUGUUUCUGGCAGCUGCUGCGCUGUACGGCAGCUCCUGGCUGUGUUUCACGACGCUGCUGCGGGGGCAACCCAUAGCGCUGGGGGGGCUGGGAGGGAGGGACUGGCUGGCGCCGCUGCGGCCGCGGCAACCGCCGCAGCAGUAGCGGGCAGCAACAGCAGCAACAGCAGCAGAGCAACAGUAGCAGCGGGCAGUCCGUGACAAGGGAGAAAGCUGAGUAGACAGGAGAGGCCGGCCUGGAGAGGGGAGGCGGCUGGUGACGGAAUGGUUGGGGAUUGGGAAUGACAUCCGGAGCUGGGAGGAGCUGGGAGGGCAAGAGCUUUGGGCUGCCGUAGGGGGAGAGGCGCAGGGUUGUAAAGCUUUGGGGAGCCGAAGGAUGUAGGGGAGUGGAGAAUGAUGGGGACUUUUGGGUGAUUGGUGGUUGAAGGUGCAACUUGCAAGUCAACAAAACCUUUGGCCAGGCCGCCGAGCUCGCACGGCCCUGCGCGUCUUGCAGGAUCAGGUGGGUGGUUACAGCGCGGUCGCGAUUGCCGUGUGUUUGUGUUGUUUGUGCCGUGUGUUUGCAUUUCGCAGGAUGUGCGUCUGGUCGGCAGGUCUUAGCUGCAUGAAAGGCUCUCCGGUGUAGUUGUGAAGAGGCUUUGGGGAUUCGUGCUGGGCAAUGAUGCAUGGGCAUUCAGCCCCGGCUCGGCUGCGGAAAGGCCCAUGUUAACCCUGAUUGGAACAAAAGCAGCAUGAGCUCGUGAUGAGAGGCACAGAUUAUGGCCGGGUUGUAUGGUCGGGUUGUCAUAGCAUAGACGAAGACGAUAUCAGUCGUGUUAGACGUCUUUCCUCAGCCUCAACCCCGAGUUAGCUUGUCACUACCACCCACGUGCACAUCCCCCUCCCAAUGCCAGGCGAGCGCCAAAGACCGUGCAUGCCAUGAGAUGUUCUCCCGAAGACACCGUUGAUCAUUUGUGAUUGGUGCGAGCAAGGCAAUGCGUAAGCUACGG